GCGUCUACAGAGUGGCAACACUCGAUGUUUAUACAGUCGAUCUGGCAGUUAGCACGCGCGUUGCGAACUUUUCGAGGUUAACCAUUGAGUUCAAAUUGAAACCCAGUGCGAUGUGAAUCCGAAUGACAGUAGCAAGCCCACAACAAAAAAUCGUGAAAUCUUUUCUUUUGUUUUGCCACUGCGACUACUGACAGGACUCGAUUUUUUUUUUUUAAAAAAAGGUAUCGAGUAUCUUAUGGACCGGGCAGUUUGUUUUUAAAUUUUGUCACUCGAAGUGAAUGAAAAUGUUGAGAAAAGUCGAAAUCAACGACGACGUGUAUUUGGUUUGCCUUCAACAUGCCCUGUCGACGGAAAAUUACGAGGUCAUGGGUCUUCUCAUUGGCGAUCACAACAACGGCGUUACCGAAAUAUCGGCGGCUAUAAUUCUGAGACGCUCGGAAAAAAAGAAGGACCGAGUGGAAAUAUCACCGCAUCAAUUGAUAAACGCCACCUCGGAGGCCGAACAGUUGACCGAGACCAUGGGUAGGAAGAUGAAAGUCGUCGGUUGGUAUCACUCUCAUCCGCACAUAACUGUCUUUCCAUCGCACGUUGAUACAAAUACCCAACAAAUGUACCAAACAAUGGAUCCCGAAUUUGUGGGAUUAAUAUUUUCUGUAUUCACAGAAGACAAAAGCAACAGAGCAAGAGAAGUGGAAAUGACAUGUUUCCAAACGCAUAAUGGAUCAGCUCAGGACAUUCCUAUUUCAAUUAAUUAUACUUCAGACAUAUCUGAACAUUGUUCCACGACGAUGGUGAAUUUAUCUAAAAUAUUAGCUCAAGAAGAAGAAGAUAUGACAGUAGAUUCUAAAAGACAUCCAGAUAGACUUACUGCCAUACAUAAUGAAGCAGUGCAAACAAGAGCGCUUGGGCAUGUUACUGAUAUUGUUACGAGACCACUACUGCAAGUAUUUAUAGAAAGAUUAAAAUCCAAUAAUAAUCGCGUUGCAUACUUGAAAAAUCAUAUAGAAGAGUUAAAAAAAGAGUUAGAAGAUUUAAAAGAAGCUGAAAGAUGUUAAUGAACAUAUGAAAAUUAUUUUUAUACAGCAUUAACUAGUUUAAGAGCUCCAAGUGAUAUAAUACUAUAUUAUUACUGUAAUAAUAAUUAAAUUUUUAUGGAGGCGUUGAUCAUUAAAAAAUUUCAAAAUAUUUUAAUAUAA